GGUUUGUCCAAAAAGAAAAAAAGAGUGUGAUAGAUAGAGAGAGAAGAGAACGACCGACGGUCGCCACCACCAGAGCCGGCGGCGGGGGCAGCUUCGUCGACGCCGGCACGCCACGCCCGCGAUGGGGGCGGGAGGAUCCGGGCGCUGGGCCGUGGGCGCGGUCUGCGGGGGGCUGGUCUACUACCACUGCGCGGUGCGGCGGGCGAGCGCGGUGUCCCUCGCCGCCGACGUGCUCCUCGUCCUCCUCUGCUCCCUCUCCAUCCUCGGCCUCCUCUUCCGCCACCUACACAUCUCGGUGCCUGUGGAUCCUCUUGAGUGGCAGAUUUCUCAGGAGAUGGCAAAUAGUAUAGUUGCGUCCUUGGCUAACACAAUUGGAGCUGCGGAGUCUGUAUUGAGGGUGGCUGCAACUGGACAUGACAAGAAACUCUUGUUCAAGGUGGUUUUUACUCUGUAUUUCCUAGCAGCUUUGGGAAGGGUCGUCUCAGGCGCUGCUGUUGCUUAUGCUGCUCUAUGUAUCUUCUCCCUCUACAUGUUCGUGCAAAGCACCGACCAGUUUGAUCAGCUCCCUUGGGUUCCUACAGGAAGAGACUCGCUGGGCGGCGCCCAGGAUACCGCAUGAUUCCUGCAUGUACAUAUCUUGCUGAUCCUUUUUCCCCCCUUCAUUCUUCGUAUUCUGUAUAUGGUCAUGGAGGACAAUAAGCUUGAACCGUAGCCAGUGUUGUUUUAAGAUGAACACUGGUGUGCCACCUGUGCAGCCGUAUGGAAAGAACAAACAAGGAAGGACGUUCAUGACUUCACCUGGGGCUUUAAUCUAUUCUGUCACUGCAGUAUCUAAAUCUAAUACUUCUAUGGCUUCAGAUAAUGGAGAUGGUUGUCAUCUACGAGACAAUGAUCCGAGAAGUCAUAGGAAGGAGCGAGGCGAAAAGCCGAGUUGCUUUGAGACUUAAACCUUUGUUAGUUUGUCACCAUUUGCUUUAUCUAGUCACGAAGAAGAGUAUCCAUGCUUGCUUACUUUUUCCGUGUCGUCAUCUUCAUCACCUGUAACAACCAAUGUAUUCAGAGGUUUUGUUUACCCAAUCCUCCCGGGACCAACGAGCACUCCCUCUGUAAAUUAAUAUAAAAACGUUUAGAUUAUUAAA